AUGGACGAGGCGUUGCGCUUGCGAAUCCACCGCGAGAUCCAAGAUGUCGCCGUCGACUCGAUGCGCAUCAGAGACAACGACGCGGCGAUUCAGCUUCUUCUGCGCGCGGCGACGACGCGAAUCGACGAAAUGACGGCGGGCAAAUUCGAUUGGCACGCCUACGGUCAUCCGGUGUUCGAGGCGUUCAUCGGCGUCGAACGCGACGCGGCGACGUCGGACGAGGCGGCGAGACGCGCCGCGCGUCGUCACGCCUUCAACACACUGAUGGCCGAGAAGCGCGGAAUGGAAAACGCCGAUCAAUUGUUCCAAGAAGCACUCCAUAUUCGGCAAUUCUUUCGCGAGAAUCUCGAUCGUUGGAACACGAUGGAGAAGUAUCGCUUCUUGUGCGCAAUUAAGCUCAUGCAUCUGUCGAUCGAGCUGGUGGAGACGGGCGCGCCGAUCGGACACAUCAGCAUCGAGAUGAAGCGCGCCGGUGUUCGACGCCAAUUGGCGAACGCACCACCGCCCGACGGCUAUCGCUACAGCAUCGUGUAUCUUGUCGCGCGGGUUCUCGAUCGCCUUCUCAUCGUCGAGGAGACGUUCCGAAACGCGUCGGCGCUUCGACGCGAGCUCGAGCGCAAUCGAUGCAUUUCUCAAAUAAUGAUCACCGAUGAGGGCUCGCCGAUCUUCAUGGCUCGCGUCGCCAACCUCAUCCGCCCACAAGCGGCCAACUGGAACGCUCGAGGAGCUCGUCGGGCGCCGCCAAUCUUCAACCCGUUCGCCAAUGCCGACGCGAUGCCGCCACCGCCAGCCAACGACGCCGAAUGGAUGGAGCACAUCGUCGCGAAUCACGACAUCGAGCAAAUGCCGCCGGUUCAAGACUAUCUCGCCAUCUUCCAAUAA